CGCUACCUUAGUUUGCAGAAGAAUUUUUGUAUAACUAUUGUGUUUCUUACUAUCAUUCUUCUGUACAGUAACUUCUGACCAUUUGAUAUUUUUUUGUGCGUCCGUGUAUGUGUGUGUGUUUUAAUACCUUCUAUUACUUCUAUAGUGACCAGUUUUUAUUCCCUACUUGGGGACAGUGAGGACAUUACAGAGUUUGAGCUUGGUUUUCUAAGGAACUCUGCACACUUCAGCAUGGAAGAACUGUGUUCAGUCCGCAAGAAUUGAUGCACGCCAUGAAUGAUUAUAUUCCAGAUUUCAACUUGACAAGCCAACAGGAUGCAGAAGAAGCACUAUCCCAUCUCUUAUCUUCUUUACGGGAAGAGUUGUCAGAUUCUUAUGUCCCAGGAUGCAGCUCGUUCGCAGAUGUGACAGCUCUUCCUGAUUAUAGGGUUCUGGGUUUGAAGAAGUCCAGACAAAGUGAACGAGAAAGAUGGAGACAAUUUUUUAUCGGGCCUUUUAAUGGAAUUCUUUGUAGCAGCUUAACCUGCCAUAGCUGUUCGUUCCAGAUUUCAUUGGAUUUUCAGCUGUUUCAAACUUUACACCUCUUACCGGUUGCCGACAGUGAUGGGAAUAUUGUGGGCCAAUGCUCUGUGGUGGAAUGUUUAGAACGGUUCUUAGUUGCAGAGCAACUUGAAAAUUACUGCUGUUUUCGCUGUUGGCAUAUUGCUGCAAUAAAGUAUGCAUCUAAAAUGUGUGAAGAUCAGAUUAUUAUCGAAAAGCUAAAGCUCUGUCGGGAGUUAGAUUCAUGUAAUUGCAAAAAUAUGUCUUGCCUAAGAGAAAUGCCAUGUCCGAAUCGAUUCUCGCGAACUUUCAAGCAAUAUAGUGUUGCCCACAGCCCACAGAUCUUGUGCAUCCAUCUCCAACGCGCCUCGGUAAAUGCCUUUGGAGAAAUAGUCAAACUUCAGGGCCACAUAUCUUUUCCCUUGAUCCUGGAUAUGUCUCCAUUCACAAAGACUCAAGUGGGAACAAAAACCCGCGGCGAAGGAGGAAAACAGAUUUGCCCGGCGAAACAACAAAGUGCCCAACAACAUUUUCCUCUUCCCAAUGCCUUAAACCUGCAACAUGUUAAAGAGAUGCCAAAUGGCAUCGGGCGAAAACCGGAAACACUCUCUUCAUAUGCCAAAGAUGGUGGCGAAUCUAGUGAAGAGGAGAAACAUAUUUACAGCCUGGUUUCAGUGGUGGAGCACUUUGGGAGAGUUGGAAGUGGUCAUUACAUUGUUUAUAGAAGAGUAGCGCCAAGCAUUAGCCGCGAUAAUCACGCCGGAUCUUCCCGGGAGCAGUGGUAUUGCAUCUCUGACUCUCAAGUGGAUGUUGUGUCUCAGAAAGAGGUUCUUGAUGCUGAAGCUAGCUUGUUGUUCUAUGAAAAAGUAUAUGCACUCUGAAACUUAUUGGGCUUUAACAAUUUUUAGUUUUUUUUAUUUAUUUUUUGUUUUCUUAAAAAAGUAAAUUGGAUAUAUGUUU